GUCAGUACACAAGUUGUCAUUUCCCCAAAUUUUUGUAGUCAAAAUCCAUGUUGUGCAAUACUUUUAAAGGAAGUUGAAAGAAAAUUUACGUAGGUUGAUGUGCGCCAACGAUUUGCCUGGAUGGAUCGCGUGAAAAUUCAGCGGUAAAGAAACACUUUCAUAUAACUAAAAAACCUCACAUGGCGACUCGAUUGAGUCCACGAAAUUCCGAAGUAAAUGCAUUAGAACAAAGAGGAUAUCUGAUUGGGAAGAAAAUUGGGCAGGGGUCCUAUGCUACCGUGCACCUCGCCGAUUAUGUCGACAGUACGGGGCCAAAGAAGAUGCGGUUGGCGUGCAAAAUCUUCGACAAGGAAAAAGCGCCGAAGGAUUUCCUAGAGAAGUUCUUUCCUAGGGAACUAGAGAUACUUACGAAAAUCGAGAAUCCACACAUCAUACAGGUCCACAGCAUUUUGCAAAGGGGGCCGAGGGUAUUCAUUUUCAUGAGGUAUGCUGAUAAUGGUGAUCUUUUGGACUUCAUCAAGAAGAACGGAGUAGUUCCUGAGCAGCAAGGAAAAAUUUGGUUCAGACAGAUGGCCAGCGGCCUGCACUAUCUCCACGGCAAGAACAUCGCCCACAGAGACCUCAAAUGCGAAAACAUCCUGCUGUCCAGACGAUUCAACGUGAAGCUCGCUGAUUUCGGUUUCGCCAGAUUCUGCGUAGACUCCGACAACAGAAGAAUACUGAGCCAGACAUAUUGUGGGUCUGCAGCUUACGCAGCACCUGAAGUGGUCAAUGGAACUCCCUACAACCCCAAGCUGUCAGAUGUGUGGUCUCUAGGGAUAAUUAUGUUCAUAAUGCUCAAUGCAUCCAUGCCUUUCGACGACUCUAAUCUAAGGAAGCUGCUGAAAGACCAAAUGACGAAAAACUGGGUAUUCAGAUCGAGGGUGAGAGACACGCUGUCUUCGAGCGCUAAAUCUCUGGUGCGGCAUCUGCUGGAACCAGAUCUGACUCAGAGACUCACCCUGGACAGGGUGAUGCAACAUGAUUGGUUGAGGUUGCGAAAGGAUAGGCCUUCUCUUAUCGGUAGAUUGGUCCAUUCGGCGCCUCAUGGGCAAACGGCAGGUCAGUCUGCGCACGCUAACGGGGAGUAUGAUAAUACUGAGAUAGUACCAGGUGACUUUCAAAAUCCAGAGAAUAAGAAGAGCGAGAUGAUGAUUUCCGUUCCAGACACGUGAUUUUUGGGAGUAUCGGCGAAAAUUCUGAGUUAACGACUAUUUGUAUACAACAUGAAGACAAAUUUU